GUGAGAGCUACCAGGGCCCCACUCCCGGCUGCCUUGCAAUGAUGCAGCAGCUUCCUCGCCUCCUGCCUGGCCUCUUUGUGGCAUGGGGGUCCCUGCUCGCCUUCCCCAUGUCAUCAUCCAUGCCCCCCUUGCCGGCCCCCAUGGAACCCCAGAUCCUUCGGCUGCUGGCGACCAUGGUCUUCCAUGACACCACCAGAGCAGCUGACAGCCAGGGCACCGCGCUGCUGGGCGAUGUCCCCACCCAUACCAUGGACUGUGGUACUUGCCCCAUUCGCUUCCACCAGCCCUGGGCCCAUCAGGGGCUGUCUCCCAAGCAGUGGCAUGACCUGGAACAAGCUAUUCAUCUCUACCUGGGACUUAUUACGGAUACAGUUGUCAGCGUGGUGCAAGGGACUGGCGUGAGCUUCCCUUUUGUGAUCCAGAUCCUCAUGGGCUGUGAGAUCCUUCCCAACGGCACCUCCUACAGCUUUUACCUGAGCACGCGGGACAGAGACGACUUGGUGAGGUUCAACCUGGCCACGGGUGAGUGGGUGGCCGCACCAGGGGAUAAGAUGGCCCAGCGGGUUUGCCGUAGCUUCAGCCAGGACCAGGGCACAUCCAGCCGGCUGAGGUUCCUGCUCCAGUACACUUGCGUCACUGAGACCCAGAGCUUUGCCUACUACGGGAAGGAGACACUGAAGAGGCAGGAGCGCCCGGUGGCUGUGGUGUUUGCCCGGCAGUCUCCCAUCACAGUGGAGCUCCCACUGCUGCUCGUUUGCUGGGUCACUGGCUUCUACCCACGGCCUAUUCACGUGACCUGGCUGCGGGAUGGUGAGGAGGUGACUCCAGGCCCAGGGCUCAACUCCAGCGGCCUCCUGCCCAAUGCCGACCUGACCUACCAGCUGCGCAUUGUCCUGGCCAUUGACCCAGGAGCUGGGCACAGCUAUGCGUGCCGUGUGGAGCACAGCAGCUUGGGGCGCCAAGGCCUUGUUGUGCAUUGGGGUCCUGGUGGGCACUGGGAAGUUGGCCUGGCUGUGGGCAUUGUCAUUUCAUUGCUGGCUGCAGCAGCUGUGGCCGCUGUCCUGUGGUGGAUGAGACACCGAUCCAUGCGGCCACUGCUGUAGCUGUUUCCUGCACCCGAGUUCUUCAGUGGCUGUGAUUCUUGAACUAAGCAAGACCAGGCAGGCCCAAAACCGUUGGGUCAGCAAAAAAGGGUUGGUCAGGCGAGAAGCCUGGACACAUGGGUUACAUGCCAGGGCUGGGAGUAAAAUGAGAUUGGGGUGGGGGGGUGGUAGUUAGCAUCAGGUUGGGCUGGGAGCCAGGGCACCUGGGUUCUCUCUCAGGUUAAGGAAGGGGUGAGGGCUGGUGUGCUAGAGCAAAGGGGACUGGGAAACAGGAUGCCUGACUUCCCUCCCGGUUGAGGUAUCCAAAAUAAAAUCUUUGG